GGUGACUCGCUAAGUAAUACCCUUUCUGCACAACCUUGUAGUUAUUUACACUGGGUGGGUUGCUGUUGACGCAGCGCUUAGCUUGGGAAUUAUUUGUCCUCAUCAAAAAUGGCGUUGUAGAGUAAACAUUAGGAUAACUUUAGGAAAAUAUCCAUAGUUACUUCUUGUUUUAAGCACAAGCAAGGCAGACUGGCUAUGUACGAUGGAGGCUGUCUCAAAAACACCCACAGCUGAAUCUACGCGGGAAAAGGAGUCGCGUCCACCUCCACUAAGCUGUGGAGUAGUGUCUGACAGCCUGUCACUGCCAUCUUACAAAGACUAUCCUUCUCAUCGGCCCUUUAUCAACACACUUAUGCAUCAUACACCCCAAAGACGAACUCAAUAUUCAUGUCGUCCAUCAUCACCCAUUAAAGCCUUCCCAGAGACCAGCAGUGCAGCAAUCUUAUCUGCCUUGAGGAACCUUCAGGAAAAAAUAAGGAAGUUGGAGUUAGAGAAAGGACAAGCAGAGCUCAGUUUGCGAUCUUUAGGGAAAAAUGCAUCACACACACUUCUGCAAAGAGAAAGAGAUACUCGGAGAACCUUCAAUGAUCAGACUGACGCAGAAAGAGAGACAAGUGGCCAGUCCAACUGCAACCAAGUGUUGAUCACCCACCUUGCUGCUGCAGAAUCUCGCUGUGCAAAGCUAGAACGACAGCUGGACCACAUGAGGAGGAUGCUGCGUAGUGCAAGCACAGACAGGACCAGUCUGCUCCAUCAGCAGGUUUCCACAGAGAACCAACAGUGUGAAACGGUGUCUGAGCAUGCCCAGAUGGAAAAGCUGGAAAAACUUGAGCAGGAAUAUCUUCGGUUGACGCACAAGCAGAAAAAUGCAGAGACUAAGAUUCAUGAAUUGGAGAGGAAGUUACAGGAAGAGGAGCACCAGAGGAAGCUCAUACAGGAUAAGGCCAACCAGCUGCAGACAGGUCUGGAGGCUAAUAGGAUCCUGCUGCGGUCAGUGUCACCUCAACUGCCCACAAAACAAUCUUCAGAGAAGAAAUUAGCAUCUAAGAAAUCCCCACAGCAGCAGAUGUCCCACGCAGAGCCACACUACAGACUGAGCCUCAGAGAUGUGCCUUUUGUAGCUGGAACGUCAGUCGGCUGCAGCCACUCGGUAAGAGCCAACGUCCAGGCAGUGCUGUCCCUCCUGAAGAGACACCAGCCACACCUCUGCAACAGCCGCGUAGUGUCUCGCCACGCAAGCCACUCUGAGACAGGAACCCAGCGGUGGGCUUCUGACAGUUCGUCCUCAUCAGCUAGCGAAGAGGAACUAUCAGAACUACUGCACACCCUGCAGGAGGAGCUGCAACUUAUGAGCAUUGAGCAUGGUGAGCUAAUGAGGCAAGUGGAGGACAGCGUGUCUGAAGAGGAAAGAAAAGAGCUGCAGAGGGAGCAAGAGAGGCUGCUACUGAAAAUGGAGAGAAAAGGAGAACAAAUCAGCAAGCUCUACAAACACAGAUCACAGAUCAAAAAGUUAAGAAGGGAAGCUAGUUCUCGGCAGAACCGUGGGAGGGUUCCCACCAGGGGGUUCUCUGUGAGAACAGUGAAAGCACAACCAGGAGAGAGAAGCAAGAAGAAUCUGAGGCUCCUGAGAGACAUGAAAGCUCUGCAGGCCUCACUUCGGACCUGAAACUCACCAGGGCAUAAAAAAUGCACAACUUUUUACUUCUUCUGGUGCUAUCCUUCUACCUACCUCUGUCCAUUAUCUUACCAUCAACACAACUACAGACUCGAAAACACCACACGAACAUGGUAGAGCCACUUCAAUUGUGCAAGUUUAAGAGAUCUUACCAUGUAUUACUUUUUUUGAAUGGUCUCUUGAACAACGAUGAAGUUGUUUCAAAAUAAUAUGGGUCGUGCAGGGUGUGAUAGCACCAGCACAGAUGGAGGAUAAAGAAGGUAUGGAAAAUGAAUGAUGUCCCAUGUUUCUGAUAGUGUCUCUUUCAUCUCAUUUAUUAAAUUUUUUCCACUUCUUUUUUUUUACCAGCAGAGGGCAUCCAAUUCUAGUUGCAUGUUGCUUCUAGAUCCCACAUGCUUUUAAAGAUAAAACAAAAAACAUGGGAAAAUAGUAUUGUCAUUUCCUCAAUAAAACAGAAGUUAUUUUUUUCUUUCUUUUUGUUUCUUGGUUGCUGUGGUAUUAUUUCUUUAGUUAAUGGUAAGCUUAUUGGUUAUAAAGCAAAACAAAACAGUCAUCCGGCACUUAAUAAGUCUCCAUUCCCGAUUUUUUGAUAAAGGAUUGAAUAUUAAUGCUGACAGUUUUGUGACCCCUAUUUAUUUUCCCUCAUAGUGUUUGAACACCAUUCUAAAUCGUUGGCUCUGUUAAAAGGUUAGUUAAUAUGGAAUUAUUGACUAACAAAGUGGCUAAAAUGAGGUCUGAGAAAACCUAGAUUUUGACUGUUGACCCUGUUUAGCAGUGUACUGGACUGACCGAUGAAACAAAAUGUGCUGUAUUUGUGUGUUUUUGCAACAGGGCUGAAAAACGAAACACUUAGUGUCAGGUUGUCUUUGUGUGAAUACUGCUGUAACUCAACCAUUCGGAUGGAUUAUUGCCCUAAAUGAUAAAAACUGGAGAAAAGUAGUCCGUUAAAUUACUUUAGAUUUUUAUAUUUUAACGGUUUCUCCUCUAAGAGACAAACUUGGUGUGCAUAUUUGGGCUUCUUUGGUCCAGUUCUUGCUUUUACUCACUGAUCAGCAGUGUCACCAAGUGACGACCUGAUAGCUGAUUUCAUUGAAAUCUCAGUGGUAUUUGUCAUAUUUCUCAUGUGUGCUGUGUGUGGAUGGAGCAAACUGCUAACUAUUUUCCCAAGAGUAUAAUGACGAGUAGAAAAAUGGUGCUUUAUUGGUGGACCUUUAUAGAACUGUUUUGAUUGCUUUUUCAACUUUUUUGACGUGUAUGAUGAAAAAACAUUCCAGGAAAACAAGCUACUGUUGUAAUCACACCUGUGUCCAUUUAUUUGCAGCAAAUGUCCAUUCUUCUAAUGACACAUUUUUAUAUCUGGUUAAUUGACAAAGAAUGUCCCCAACAACCUUUGGAAAUAAUGUUAAGGAUUUCUACCUUCAUAAUAAAUGCCCUAUCAAGAAAAGGAUAUUCUCCUACUUUUUUUUCAGACCUGUCUUUGCCUGGAUAAGAAAUAAGAGUGAGUGGUGGUGGGCUAUAAAUGGCUGAAUACAAAAAAAGUAACCAGUUUUUAAACUGAUGGAUAUGAAAAAAAUUAUCAUUUGUUGCGUGCUGUCCACCAACAGACGGAAUUAUUCAGGAGCCAUGAAAGAAGUUGUCAGCUUUACUGGUUCAUGGAUUUAUUAUGUCAUUU